GUGCUCAGGUAGACCAGUCGGUGUUUGAAGAGCUUAUAAAAGAGCAACUUCCGGAGCUGGCCGAACACAUGAAAGAUCUGACAACCUUAGCUUCCAUCUCUCUUUCGUGGUUCCUUACCCUCUUCCUUAGCAUCAUGCCCCUGGAAAGUGCUGUGAAUGUUGUGGACUGUUUCUUCUAUGAUGGGAUCAAAGCCAUUUUCCAGCUGGGCUUGGCCAUACUGGAAGCCAACGCCGUGGAUCUGUGUAACAGCAAGGAUGAUGGGCAGGCCCUGAUGAUCCUGAGCAGGUUUUUAGAGCAUGUCAAAAACGAGGAAAGCCCUCUGCCACCUAUUGGCAAUCACCAUGCGUUCUUCAGCGAUGACCAGGAAGCCUCUCCGGUGACUGAAAUAGCUAACCUGAUUCAUGACUCCUAUGAGAAAUUUGGAGACCACUCUGUGGCACAGAUAGAGCACAUGCGCUACAAACACCGAAUCCGUGUCCUGCAGAGCCACGAAGACACAACCAAGCAGAAUGUGCUCCGAGUUGUCAUCCCAGAUGUUUCAAUUCUUCCUGAAGAUUUAGAGGAAUUGUAUGACUUGUUCAAGAGGGAGCAUUUAAUAAGGUGUUACUGGGAGACGACGAGCCCCGUCGUGGAGCGGCACGACCCCAGCCGACCCUACGCCGAGCAGUACCGCAUCGACGCCCAGCAGUUUGCUAACCUGUACAGGCUGCUCUCGCCCUGGACCUGCGGGGAGCACACCCACAUCCUUGCCCAGAGGACCUUCCGCCUCCUGGACGAGAACAUGGACCGGCUGAUUGAAUUCAAGGGGUUCGCCAGCUGCCUAGAUGUUAUGUAUAAUGGAGAAAUGAAUGAAAAGAUAAAGUUACUGUACAAGCUACAUAUCCGACCCGCCCUCACAGAAAAUGAACGAGACAGCCAGUCACCAUUAAAGAACCCUUUGCUGUCAACUUCAAGACCGCUCGUCAUUGGAAAAUCAAAUGGUGAUGCUGCAGUAGAUUACCAGAAGCAGCUGAAGCAGAUGCUGAAGGAUCUAGCCAAAGAAAAGGAUACUAAAAUGGAAAAAGAAUUGCCAAAAAUGAGCCAGAGGGAGUUCAUUCAGUUCUGCAAAACCCUGUACAGCAUGUUCCACGAAGAUCCGGAGGAGAACGAUUUGUAUCAAGCCAUCGCCACGGUGACCACGCUGUUACUCCAGAUUGGAGAAGUCGGGCAGAGAAGCAUCAGCCUGGGGAGCGGAUCGGAUGGGUUCCCCGAGGACGUACAGCCCGAGGCCUCUGCUUCAGACCAGGAUGCCGUUUUUACCGACACUGUGAAGACCCCUCAGAAGGACUCUCAGCCUUCCCCCAUGACUGAAGGGGACUGGACGGUCUCUUUUGAGCACAUUUUAGCAUCCCUCCUGACGGAACAGUCAUUAGUUAACUUCUUUGAAAAACCCCUAGAACUGAAGCCGAAGCUCGAGAAUGCGAAGCUGAAUCAAUACAGCCUCAAAGCGAACGGAACCAGCUGCCAGUCGCGGGGUGAACAUCCCAAACCCCACCCGCAGUGA